UGGUACAGGAGAGCUUUGAGAAUCCUGCGCCCGGUGCGGCAAAAAAGCGCAAGGUGCACGCUAACAUGGUGCCCGAUGGCGAGGUCGGGACGCUGACUAUCUACGACCGAAUGGGGCCAUGGCAAUGCGAGUUUUCAUCGCUGCGCUUCUCGGAUUGGGGCCAUUCGGUUCGUGCCAACCCUGCUUACAAGGAGGGAUCCACCCAGGAAAACGAGAAGAAGAAGACCAUCACUGCGGGACGCGUCGAGCCAAACUCGUUGCCCUCAUGCAUGCUCAAAUAUAUCGAGGAUCCGGACACUGAUGCGUAUGCUACGUACCGCGAUCUUUCGUCCGAUGAGCGCAAAUCCAGGGUGUUCCAGACACUGAAUAACAUGAAGAGGAAAAGUGAUUUGGGCAAGCCAGCUGCCGGGACUCACGGCAUGGAAGGAAAGGUACGCAAGUCCAGCUGCGAGGGAGCCGCAACGAUGUUCAACUGUGGCUUCACGGUCGACAUUGGUGCAAUAACGGUCAUGUAUCGCGAUCUGCAUUAGUCGUGAGUAGUCGUAAUACUGUCGCUUGUUGUACGCAGAGGUUAGGCCACCGUGUUGCAAACGGGCGCCUGUGCUAGCCAUGUAGAGCGAGCGCGAGGGCGCGCCGGAGGGAGCACUCGAACUGCAUGUUCCGUGUUACACUCAGAAGAGAUGAGUCACUAUGCAUGUCUGUUUUCUUUCUUUCUUUGUUUAAAGGCGAGGGAGAGAUUUUU